AUGACCGAGGCGGCAGAUACAACACCACAUUCCACACCGGCCGCAGUUGGUGAAGAAGCGCCCGAGUCAGAGUGGAAACAUCCCGUCUACGGUCCCACUGACAAGUACACGCCGGGCAUCGCCCCUAUCAAACCGGAAUACAUUCUAGCCAGACCCACCUCUUCCAUCGACACCGUUCCCAUCAAGCAAGUUGACGACGACGCAGCCGAACGCUCAACCAACCCCGCCACCUCCAGCAGUACCACCUUAAACGGCGAACCCCCUAAAAAGCUCAAGGGAGCAGCACGCAAGCGCGCACGUCGCGAGGAAGCCGCUGCGCUCGCCGCCGCUCAGCGGGCCGAGAAAAAGUCCAAAGCGCACGAUGGUGAGGCUGUGAAGAAAGGCGGUCAGAACAAAGCGAGGCAGUUCACCUCGCUCAAAGAUGGCAAAGGGCAGUGUCAUGGAUUUCUAUCAAAAGGCGAGGACGGGUGCAAGUUUGCAAAGACCGGCGGGUGCAGAUUCAGUCAUGAUCUGGUUGGAUAUCUGCAAAGUAAGGAUCGAGAUCUGUUUUUGCCUCCGACGCCGUAUGCGGAGCUGCAAGAGAUGACGAGGGAACAGAAGCAGAGUUGGUUGGAGGAGAGGUACUCGUUGACGCUUCUUCCUGUUCCAGUCGCAGGCAAGGGGAGCGAAGCAGGAAGAGAGGCGCAAACGUUCGUCCGUGCGAACUCUUCAGCUGCCGGGUCUGCUGCUUCCAAGGUGCCGACCUCGACAGAUCCCGCACACGCCAGUCUGGACUGGACCACCUCAUGCCCCAUCUUCGACCUCAAAGGCUUCUGCACAAUGGGCUGGAAGUGUCGCUUCCUCGGAGCGCACGUCCGUCUCGUCGGUCCCUCUUCGCUCCUGGAUCCAGAGAACGCCACCGGUUUCGCACGAUCUGGUCUGGAACUCGUCACGGAUCAAGUGAAAGUGGAUGCGUGGAGGGCGAGGUCUCGCGCGUUUGUUCUGCCAGAUGCCGGGGAGAAGAAGGAAGCUCUGGAUCAGGAAGAAUUGAAUCACGGCUCGAGCGCCGGGAUGAAGGCGAUGCGUGUACGCAAGUAUCCGCUGCCCAAGACCAAAGCGGUGCUGCAGUAUUUGGAGAAGGAAGCAAAGGAGCUGGCACAGGUGGACCCGCAAGGUGGGACGGCGGGGAGAGGGCCAAUUCCUGCGCAGGUCGUGGAUGAAGCUGUAGCGGCGGCCGCUGCUGCUGCUGCCGCUGCACAGGCAUCUGGCGCCAGCAACGGCGCUGCAGCGACGGCCACUGAACACGGUGAUGACCUGGAAGAAAUGGAGAACGCUCUUCGCAACGCUUCGGCCGCCGCCACCGCCGCCAGAGCGGCCGAAGCAGCCACCACAUCCACGUCGAUCGACUUGGCCCGCAUCCGCCCGACCGAAAAACGCCGUCUUAACUGGAAAGGCGAGCUGUACCUCGCCCCGCUUACCACCACAGGCAACUUACCGUUCCGUCGCAUCUGCACGUCGUUCGGCUCGGACAUUCACUGUGGCGAGAUGGGCCUCGCCGAGUCGUUCCUGCACGGCAAUGCGUCCGAAUGGUCGCUCGUACGCCGGCACGAGUCGGAGCGAAUCUUUGGGACGCAGCUGUGUGGCGGUAAACCGGAUCUGUUGGUGCCCGUGGCGGAAGCGCUGAAGGCCGAGGUCGGGGACGGGUUGGAUUUUGUGGACAUCAACUGUGGGUGUCCGAUUGAUCUCGUGUACAACAAAGGCGCGGGGUCGGCGCUUCUAGAUCACCCUUCCAAGCUCAGCAAGAUCGUGCGCGGGAUGAACGCCGUACUAGGCGAUACACCUCUCACAAUCAAAUUGCGCACGGGUACGGGCCCGAAGCUGACGACGCACAAGCUCUUCGCGCGCGCUCAGACCGAAUGGGGAGCCGCUGCUGCGACCUUGCACGGACGAAGCCGCAAGCAGCGCUACAAGAACGAUGCGGACUGGAGCCGGAUCGCCUUCUGCGCGAACACGCUGCGCGAGUCGGUGCGCGAAUGGAACGAGGACCCGCUGCACGCGGACGAGCCUGAGAUGGUGCCCAUCCCCGUGUACGGCAACGGCGACGUGUAUUCGUGGCAGGACUACUACGAGCGGUUAGAGCGCACGGGUGUCGACGGAGAGAUGAUUGCACGCGGCGCGCUGAUCAAGCCGUGGCUUUUUACAGAGAUCAAGGAGCGCCGCGAUUGGGACAUUUCCUCUCGCGAGCGGCUCGACAUGAUGCGAGACUUUGCUUCCUACGGCUUGACGCAUUGGGGCAGCGACACGCACGGUGUCAACACCACCCGCAGAUUCAUGUGCGAGAUGAUGAGCUUCACCCACAGGUACGUCCCCACGGGCCUGUUGGAGUUUUUGCCCGCCAGGCUCAACGACAGGCCGCCGCUGUUCAGGGGCAGAGACGAGCUCGAGACGCUCUUGGCGAGCAGUAAGGCCGAGGACUGGGUCAAGGUCAGUGAGAUGUUCUUGGGCAAAGCGCCGGAAGAAUGGAGUUUUACGCCGAAGCACAAGAGUAGUAGCUACUCGUCCCCUGAAGGGGACGUCACCGAGCAGCAGGGCUGA